AUGAUGAAUAACAAAAACGUGAACAGUAGCACCCAAGGACAACAACAGUCCUCCUUGGUGGUGACCCAAAUUCCACGAAAGAAGCAAUUUUACAAAACGAAGAUGUGUCCGUGGUUCUUCUCGGGGAGUUUGUGUCCCUUGGCGAAAAAGGCAGGAGUAUGCAAAAAUGAAAAAUGCAGUUAUGCACAUUCUGUUUGUGAGUUGAGGCCGACUGGAGAUUUAUACAAAACGGCUCCGUGUACAAAAUUUCUGAGAGGAAAAUGUAACGCCGAAUCGCAUUGCAGGCACGCGCACUAUAUUGAGGAAUUGCGUCCCCUUCCUGGAAAUUUGUCUCCCUCUCAAAAUGCCAUCAACCUUAUGCUCGCCGCCCCACUGGCCGGUUCGACUCAAAAGGGCAGCAAAAAUAAGAACAGCGGAAAUAGCGGAAAUAGCGGAAACGGUGGCAACAGCAGCAGCAAUAGCACCCACAACAACCAUAACAGCCAUAACAACCAUAACAGCCAUAACAAUCAUAACCACCACAACCACCACAACCACAACAGUCACAACAACCACAACAAUCACAACAACCACAACAAUCACAACAACCACAACCACCACAACAGCCACAACAACCACAACAGUCACAACCACACCAGCGGCAGUGGAUACUUCUCGGAGGAGAACAAGAACAGCGAAAACAUAAUAAAGUCGACGAAUUCAUUACUCUGCAACUUCUCUACACAAAACGGAGUCAACAGUAACCGAUUUAGCAAAAAUUUCGAGAAGAACGGCACGUCGGACAAUAACAUUAGCAGCAACGUGAAUAAUGGAGGUGGAACUUGCAACAUGAGCAGCGGGAUGAUGAACUGCAAUAUGAGCGGCAAUAUGACGAAUAACUUGAGCAGCAACGUGACGAGCAACAUGAGCAAUAAUGUGAACAGCAGCCACGUGAACAACCACGCGAACAAUCACUCGAAUAAUCACGCGAACAGCCACUCGAACAACCACACGAACAACCACUCGAACAACCACGCGAACAACCACGCGAACGGAACCAUCAGUCGCGGCAUGAGUCGCAGUAUGAACAGCAGUUUGAAUAAUAACAACAUGAACAAUGCGAUGAACAGUUGUAUGAACAGCUGUAUGAACAACUGCGGAAUGAACAGCGCAGUGAGCAGCGGAAUUAACAACGCAGUGAAUAGCGGAAUUAACAACGCAGUGAACAGCGGAAUUAACAACGCAGUGAACAGUUGUAUGAACAACUGCAUGAACAGUUGCAUGAAUAACGGGAUGAAUAACGGGAUUAAUAGCGCGAUGAAUAACGGGAUGAACAACACCAUGAGUAGCACCGUGAAUGUGAACAAAAACUACCAGAAGAGCUCAUCCUACCCGAACAAGCUGUACGCGCUGCUAAAAAACAAAGAAAACAGCGAGGAGUACAAUAGCGCAAUGAACACCAUGAACAUAAAGAAUUACAUGAUGAAUAAUAACAACGAUAUGGAGAGCGCAAGCGGGCUUAUAAAUCCCUUCAAUUUAAGAAAGUUGCAGAAUAUGUGUAGUGGAUCGAACGAACAGAACGGAGCUUUCAAGUCGAUCAACGAAUUGUUGAAUCAAGACAUGAACAUGAAUCGAUCGAUGAAUGGGAGCAUGCACGGAGGGAGUCUAGCCACCAGCCUGGGUAGCAGCAUGACCAACAUGGGUAGUAGCAUGACCAACAUGGGUAGUAGCAUGACCAACAUGAGUAGCGGCAUGACCAACAUGGGUAGCAGCAUGACUAACAUGAGUAGCGGCAUGACUAACAUGAAUAGCGGCAUGGUGAACAACAUGUCCGUCAUUUCGAACCUAUCGAAUGGAAAGGCCAACAUGAGCAACAUGAGCAACAUGAGCAAUAUGACCAACAUGACUAACAUGACCAACAUGACCAACAUGAGUAACAUGAGCAACAUGAGUAACAUGAGUAACAUGAGUAACAUCCCCAGCAGCAUCAACAGCACCCAAUACUACAAUUUAAGUAAGCAAAAGAAGAGCGAUGUGUUGAGCAAGUACCCCUCAUUCCAAAGUAAUGACUCUUCUUCGUCCAUGAGAAUAUCAAGCAAUUCUUCAAAGGAUUAUGCCCCAGAUAAUGAGGAGAAAAAAUUAGUAGACACAAUCGAGCACAUGGAAAUUACAGCGCAGGAUAGUGCACUGAAAGUUAUCGAGGAUGACAAUGAAAAGUUGAAUAUUGCCGAUAUUAAAAAUUUCCUGAAGUUGUUGCAAAUGACGAACACGAACAAUUACAAGGAGGAUAGCUUUUUGCUGAAUGAUGAGUUAAAGAAGAGUAGCCACCUCAUGCAUGACCAGCAACCGCAGCAAUCGCAUCAGCCGCAUCAACAGCAUCAAUCGCAUCAACCGCACCACCCUCAUCACGCGCAGCAAUCUCAGCACCCGCAACAUCUGCAGCAAUCGCAGCAAUCGCAGCACGCACAACACUCGCAACUCGCGCAGCAGUAUAACCCCGGGCCAGCUGUGAAGAACGGCAACAAUCACCCAAAGCAACAGCCCAAGAAUAUUGAAGUGGUGCCUGGUGCCCAUUUACCCGAACAUUUCGUACACACCGGCAAUAUGCCCAACACGCAAAAUGAUGAAAAUAGCAUGAACAAGUAUGACGUAAAUGGAGACGUAAAAAAUAUUUACAAGUUAAACAACAAUUCACUGAUUAGCUGUUCCAACUUUUGGAAUUACCCAGAAGAUGAGCUGAACACGACAGCUUCGAAAAUUGUGCAAAACGUGGAAAUCUUCGACUACUAA